CAUGACUCAUGUUCAUUAUAAAUUCUUCUCAGCAGUCAACAACUACACAGCGCUUUUUGACUGGCCGAACAUCACGCUAAUGGACCUGAAGAGCUACAUCAUGGACAGGGAGAAGCUCCGCUUCUCUGACCUACAGGUCACGGACGCACAGACCAAACAAGAGUACAAAGAUGAUGAUGCCCUGAUUCCCAGAGGUUCCUCCGUCAUCGUUCGCAGAAUCCCCCGCAUUGGAGCCAAAGUUAGGCCUUCCCCUGGAUCCUGUGGAAAGGAGCCAGCAGACUUCAACCACCCAAAGCGUUGAUCAUCAACUGGCGGCCAGAGGGCCAAAUCAGGCCUGCCAAAGCUCCCUGUCCGGCCCCCAGAAGAUUAUUAAAUUCAUAAAAGGAGGAAAAGAAGAUGUUCUGGUUUUAGAAGUAACUUUUGGCUUCACAUGUCUGCAGAUGUUAAGUAUAUCCCAAAAACAAAUACUAUUGAAAUAGUUUUAGAAUGAUCUGAUUUUGAUCUGUUUUUACAGAAGUUCACUCAUCAGCCAUUAUUAGUGAAUAUCUUUUUAAAAAUGGGUUAAGACUGGCAGAAAUGUUGCAAAAAUUGCUAGAGUAAGUGAUGAAUAGGAGUUAGAGUAGCAAAAUGGGUUGUGGAAUGGCAAAAAAGGGUAAAAAUGU